AUGGUUUCAACCUUAAUUUAUUGGAAUAAUAAAUUGUGUAUAAAAUACUAUUCACUCAUGCUUUAUAAAUCAAAUGUUUUAAUCGUUUAUAAUAUUGAUACAUUAUCAUAUGAAAAGUAUACAAACUUUAAAAUUCCAUUACAUCAUAAUGAAAAAUAUGCUCAAAGUUUUAUCGCAAGAGGUGGCUCACCAAUUGAACCAAAUCAAGUAAAGAAAAAGAAUAUUUUAAUACCAAUCUUAAUAUCAAUUAUUGGAUUUUCAGUGAUUGUAUUUAUAAUUAUAGUCACUGUACUUUUAAUUAAAAGAAGAAAUACAAAAAAAUCAGAUGAAUUUAAUAAACAAAAAGAUAAUGAAUCUGAAAUUUCAAAACAAUAA